AGUAUGCCAAACACUCACCGGCGUGGGGAUUGGGGAGUAGCAGUUGCAACAACAGAACAGUAGCAGUCGGAGUAGUGAAGAAGAAGGAAAAUCGAUAGUGGUUGUUGCCGUCUCUGCUCUUACAUAUUCUUACCGUCUGGUACUCUCUUCUUUUUAAACAAUCUAAUUCCUCGCCUCCACUUCAACCACCACCGCCACCGGCUACCACCGCAACAGUUCUUUUACUUAAAUCACGCGCUUGUUUUCACCUUCUUAAUCUUAAUCCUAGCUGAUUAGGCAAUGCGAUUGAGAUUAUUCUUCUUCUGGUUAACAACCGCUCUCCGUCUUUGAAUCUCUUCUGUUUCUCUUCUUCUUUCACUGCUUUCCGCCAUGGAAGCAUCGGAGAAUUGCUCCGUCAAGGUCGCCGUUCACAUUCGCCCCUUAAUUGGCGAUGAACGAGCUCAAGGUUGUAAAGAAUGUGUGACUGUUACACCUGGACAGCCUCAGGUACAAAUUGGCACACAUUCAUUCACAUUUGAUCAUGUCUAUGGAAAUGGUGGUUCCCCAUCAUCUUCCAUGUUUGAAGAAUGUGUUGUGCCCCUCGUUGAUGGGUUAUUCCAAGGAUAUAAUGCUACAGUCCUUGCUUAUGGUCAGACAGGAUCAGGGAAGACAUAUACCAUGGGGACUGGCUUCAAAGAUGGUUGUCAGACUGGAUUGAUUCCUCAAGUUAUGAAUGUGUUAUUCAUGAAAAUUGAAGAAUUAAAGCAUCUAGUAGAGUUCCAGCUUCGUGUUUCCUUCAUCGAGAUUCUGAAGGAAGAAGUAAGGGAUCUUCUGGAUUCUGUCCCCAUGGACAAAUCAGUGACUGCCAAUGGACAUGCUGGGAAAAGUACAGUUCCUGGAAGACCACCAAUACAAAUUCGUGAAUCAUCAAAUGGAGUUAUAACACUAGCAGGGUCAACUGAUAUUGCUGUCAGUACGCUACAAGAAAUGGCUGCAUGCUUGGAGCAAGGAUCAAUGAGCAGGGCAACAGGAAGCACAAACAUGAACAACCAGUCUAGUCGGUCCCAUGCCAUCUUCACGAUCACAUUAGAACAGAUGCGUAAAAUCCAUUCAGCUUCUAUUGUUAACAACUACACUCCAUAUGAGGAUAUGGGUGAAGAGUAUUUGUGUGCAAAGCUCCAUUUGGUUGAUCUUGCUGGAUCUGAACGAGCAAAACGAACUGGUUCUGAUGGUCUUCGUUUGAAAGAAGGUAUUCACAUCAAUAGGGGGCUCCUUGCACUUGGUAAUGUUAUCAGUGCCCUAGGGGAUGAGAAAAAGAGAAAAGAAGGUGCCCAUGUUCCUUACAGAGAUAGUAAACUGACUCGUCUUUUGCAGGAUUCACUUGGUGGAAACAGCAAAACUGUUAUGAUAGCUUGUAUCAGUCCUGCUGACAUCAAUGCAGAAGAAAGUCUGAACACUUUGAAAUAUGCUAAUCGAGCACGCAAUAUCCAGAAUAAGCCUGUUGUGAAUAGAGAUUUAAUGUCCAAUGAGAUGCAAAAAAUGCGACAGCAACUAGAGUAUUUACAAGCAGAACUUUGUGCUUGGGGAGGAGGGGCUACUUCAGAAGUACAGGUUCUCAAGGAAAGGAUAGCUUGGCUGGAGGCUACUAAUCAGCAACUUUGUCUAGAACUUCAUGAAUAUCGUAGCAGAUGUGCUGUUAUAGAGCAAUCUGAGACUGAUGUUCAAAGUGAGGAACCUAAAAGGGGCUUUCAGAGUAUAGACUCACCUGAUUUUCCUAUGGAUGAAGCCAUGUCAGCUGAAAAUUCUGGAGAAAUUGAUGAAGUAGCAAAAGAGUGGGAGCAUACACUUCGGCAGAAUACCAUGGGUAAAGAAUUGAAUGAGUUAAACAAAUGCCUGGAGCAGAAAGAGUCUGAGAUGAAACUUAUUGGAGGAGCUGAUACUGAAGCAUUAAAACAGCAUUUUGGGAAGAAAAUUUUGGAACUAGAAGAAGAGAAAAGAAUUGUCCAGCAAGAGAGGGAUUGUUUGUUAGCAGAACGGGAAAACCUUGCUGCUAAUUCUGAUGGACAAACUCUGAAAAUGAAAGAAGUCAAUGCACAAAAAUUAAAAGCACUUGAGGAACAGAUUUCAGAUCUUAAAAAGAAACAAGAAAGCCAUAUUGAGCUUUUGAAACAAAAGCAAAGAAGUGAUGAAGCAGCAAAACGAUUGCAAGAUGAAAUACAGUACAUCAAGGCUCAAAAAGUUCAGUUGCAGAAUAAGAUAAAACAAGAAGCUGAACAAUUUCGACAAUGGAAGGCCUCUCGUGAGAAGGAAUUGUUGCAGCUCAAGAAAGAGGGAAGGAGAAAUGAAUAUGAAAGACAUAAACUUGAAGCCCUGAAUCAACGACAAAAAAUGGUUCUUCAAAGGAAGACUGAAGAAGCUGCAGUGGCUACCAAAAGGCUGAAGGAAUUGUUGGAAGCCCGCAAGUCAAGUGCACGUGAAAAUAUAGUGAAUGCCAAUGGACAUACACCGAGUGGACGGAGCAAUGAAAAAUCGCUGCAAAAGUGGCUUGUUAAUGAGCUAGAAGUCAUGGUUAAUGUGCAUGAAGUUCGUUAUGAAUACAAGAAACAAAGCCAAGUGAGAGCUGCUUUGUCAGAGGAGUUAACCAUGUUGAAACAAGUGGAUCAGUUGUCUUCCAAUGGUCAGAGUCCUCAGAGAUUAAGGAAUGGACAUUCCAGAUUGUUAUCUAUGUCGCCACAUGCAAGAAUGGAAAGAAUAGCUUCCCUUGAGAACAUGCUGAACAUGUCUUCAAAUGCCCUCAUGGCAAUGGCUUCACAACUUUCAGAUGCAGAAGAAAGGGAGCGCACUUUAGUUGGCAGAGGGAGGUGGAGUCAAGUGCGGUCUAUGGCAGACGCCAAGAACUUACUUCAAUAUGUGUUUAAUGCUGCUGCAGAAGCGAGGCGCCAGUUGUGGGAAAAAGACAUGGGACUUAACGAAUUACAAGAACAAUUGAAUGAGCUCAAAGCUCUUCUAUGGCAAAGUGAGUCCAAGAGAAAGGAGCUUGUGAUGGAGCAAAACAUGAAGGAACAAGCUGUAGCAAUUGCCUUGGCUACAGCAGCUUCGGGGCACUCGCGCAGUUCAUCCAAACACAUGGCAGAUGAUUUGAGCAGCCCUCUUUCUCCAAUUUCACUUCCAGCCCCAAAGCAACUUAAAUUUACACCUGAGGUUGUUAGCGGAUCAAUUGGAGAGGCAGCAGUUGUAGAUCAGAAAAGAAAGAUGGCACCAGUUGGACAGUUGUCAAUGAAGAAAUUGGCCACCGUAGGACAAACUGGAAAGCUCUGGAGGUGGAAGAGAAGUCAUCAUCAGUGGCUUCUUCAGUUCAAGUGGAAGUGGCAGAAGCCAUGGAAACUCUCAGAAUGGAUAAAACACAAUGAUGAGACAAUCAUGAGAUCCAGACCUCGUGCACAGGCUUUGGUCGAAACAAUAUGACAUCCUCAUACAUUCACUGACUUUUUUCAUACUGACUCCUGCAUAUACACCUUGACUAGCAUCUAUUGUCUGACACGUGGCUUGACUGAGUACAUGGAUGCAGGUAAUUCCCUUUCACUCUAAUUAAUUUUAUCUAUUUGCCUAGUUUCUGUGACAAUAAAAGGAAGGCUGAAACUCUCUGGUGUUAACUCGGACUGAUUUCAUAGAAACCGGGGACAUUAUCAUCACCAUUUUUUAUCUUUUCUGUUGGUUCCUGUUGCAAGUAUUUCUAGUGAACAUUUAAAUAAAAAUUAUUUACCAUU